AUGUUGUUGGAAUAUGCAAUUAAGAAAACGAAUGUACCUCAAAAAUGUAGAGCAGAAUUAUAUGUAGACACGGAAAGGUCGAAUGCUAUUAGUCUAUAUCAAAAGAUGGGGUUUAAAAUCAAAAAUAAAGUAAAAGACUAUUACGAAAUUGGAAGAGACGCAUG